AUUCUCAUUUUGGUCGCUGUCGUCUUUCCACCUGCAUCAGCGCUGUUCCUAACAGGAUGCGGCUGUGAUUUUCUCAUCAACAUACUUUUGACAGUACUUGGCUACAUUCCAGGGCACGUUCACGCCUUCUAUCUGAUCUACAAACGUAUGCAGGCCGAAGAGCGAUACGGACACGAGGGUUACAAAUACAUCGGAAAUGCAACAUACGUCAGUGUAAACCUCUCUUCGUGA